CGGGCGGCUCAUUGUCAGGAGAGUUGCAGUGCGAGCAGGAGGCAGAAGAGAAACGCAGGUACAGGUACAACGGCAGCAGCUGCAGCAGCACUUGAGCCAACAGCAUCACAGAAAACACACUCUGCUACACUCAAGCGAAAGAAGAUGGAAACAGAUGCAGAGAAUUUCUCGCCAGCAAGAAGUCCUCCUCUCAGAGAUCAGCUAAGACAAGCAUCUCAGCACAGUUUCUACCUAAACCCACCUCCGCUCUACAUCAAGCCCCAAAAAUUCUCCCCUCCUCGAUACCCCAGCAUAUCACCUAGCAGAGACACCUUCAGUGCGUUCAGCUCUCCUGCUUUCUUUCCUAUGCUUGGCCCCAGUUACGCUCCAAAAGAAGGAUCCCAAAAACGCAAAAGAACUCCUUUCAAAAUGGACGCUCAGGGAGGUGAAUCUCCUGACGGAGGAGCAGAGGAGGCAGACGAGAGCAGCAGUAAGAAGUCGGUGCACCUCUCCCACAUCCCCUUCUCCCUCCCACCUCGUCCAAUUCCGUCCCCGUCUCCUAAACCCAUCCCAGGUAUGAUCGAGCUAAACAGACUGCAGCUUCACCCCAGAUCGCCAGGUAUGAAUCUACCUGUGCAGGUGAAACAGGAGCCUCUCAGUCCCUCCCCAGUUUGGCCUCCCUCUCCUCUCCUCCUCCACCCACCCUACUUCCCACCUCUCCAUCACAGCCUCUUCCCGUACCCCUUUUUCAUGCAUGGCCCCGUCAUGCAUCUGUCGCCUGGUUCUUUUUACCCAAGAGAGGAGCUCCGCCCUGGGCACCGUGGCCGUGACGGACCUCACCGUGGCCGUGACGGACCUCCUCGUGGAGGGACAACCAGUGCAGAAAAACUCGGCCUAAAUGUUCACGUGGACGACAGUUAUUACGUCGACGUGGGUGGAGACCAAAAGAGGUGGAAGUGUCGUAUGUGUGAGAAGUCCUACACCUCAAAGUACAACCUGGUCACGCACAUCCUGGGGCACAACGGCAUCAAGCCGCACGGCUGCCACCUGUGUGGGAAGCUGUUCAAGCAGCUGAGCCACCUGCACACACACCUGCUCACCCACCAGGGCAUGAGGCCGCACAAGUGCCAGGUGUGCCACAAGGCCUUUACACAGACCAGCCACCUAAAGAGACACAUGAUGCAGCACAGUGACGUCAAGCCAUACAGUUGCAGUGUCUGCGGCAGAGGUUUUGCUUACCCCAGUGAGCUUCGCGCCCAUGAGCUGAAGCAUGAGAAAGGACAGGAGAACGUGUGUGUUGAGUGUGGCCUGGAUUUCCCCACGCUGGCACAGCUGAAGAGGCACCUGACUGCCCAUCGUGGCCCCACCCUAUACAGGUGUGCUGAGUGCCAGAAGACUUUCCAGUACCCGAGCCAGCUUCAGAACCACAUGAUGAAACACAAAGACAUCAGACCGUACAUCUGCAGCGAGUGUGGGAUGGAGUUCAUCCAGUCGCACCACCUGAAACAGCACACGCUCACUCACAAAGGGGUGAAGGAGCACAAGUGCCGCAUCUGUGGUCGUGAAUUCACCCUGUUGGCCAACAUGAAGCGCCACGUCCUCAUCCACACCAAUAUACGAGCCUACCAGUGCCACAUGUGCUUCAAGAGUUUUGUCCAAAAACAGACUCUCAAGGCUCACAUGAUCGUCCACUCAGACAUCAAGCCCUAUAAAUGCAAGCUUUGUGGGAAGGAGUUCAAUAGGAUGCACAACCUGAUGGGCCACAUGCAUCUCCACUCCGACAGCAAGCCCUUCAAAUGUCUUUACUGCCCGAGCAAAUUCACGCUGAAGGGGAACCUCACCAGGCACAUGAAGGUCAAACAUGGCGUCAUGGACAGAGGGCUGGAUGAAAGAUUGUUUCGGCAAAGAGGGCGAUUCUGCUUGUCCACUCCCAUGGACCUCCUCACCCGCUUCAGCCAAGAGGAGCCGUUUGACCUGUCCCAGAAGCCCCCGGGUCUGCCCAGCCUCCGCCUCUCCCAGUCUGAUGGCGAGAGCGUCCCUGGAAGCUCGUGUCAGGAGGAGGAUGAGGAGAGUUUUUACAGAAGGAGCCAGUAUAGUCCUGAGAUGGACCAACAUGAGCCGGCUGGGGAGGACCAAUACAUCCCUGAGCUGGCGGAGAGACGACAGGAGUCUUCAGCUGAUCUAAGGUCAGGGGAGAAGCAGGAAGAAAUCUAUCAGCAGAGUUUAGAUGGACAGAGGGAGUCAGCAGCAGAAGGAGGUGAUCAGGUGCACCUCUUACAGUCAGAGGAGACGUCAGAGAUGGCUUAUGAGUCUGAGUCAGAGCUGGGUGACCAGGAGUACCACCAUGAGACAGGGCUCUGUUCUGAUUCAGAACUAGAAGAGCUAGACGAGGCAGAGCAAAGCAAACAGGUGACGGAUGAUUUCAGUGAUGCAGACAUCGAUGUAGUAGAUACGAGUCAGAGCAGAGCAGAGACAGGUGAAAGAGUGCAACACUUGUGCACUACUGACUUUAUGGGAGUUACAGGAUCACAGGAGGAAGAAGAAGACAAAGAAUUAAAAGAAGUAGAUGAAGAAUGAGAAGAAGAUGCAGGUUUUAAGCAGCCCAGUUGCUAGAAUAAAAUGUUGGCAUUGUACAUCUCUGCAAACCAUUGUGUUACAUUUGGAUGUUUCAUACGUAUAUCAUAUCAAUGUUUCUUAAGUGACAUCAUAUGUGAGCUGAUCGGGGGGUGGAGGGGAUGGUAGGUGGGGUGACAUUUUGGUGAGAGACCUGCCAAACUGCAGACUGCUGCAGACCACUUUGAGAACAACAAACAAAAAAAUAGCGGUUGUUUUGUAAUGUCAUAACUGCGUUUUCAGGGGUUUUUUAACAAUCAACGGCUAAACGCCAAAUUUAUAAGUGACCCGUCGCAGUUUUUCCAGCAGGAGAGUAGCACAAAAAGCUAUUGUUUAUUACAGAGAGAUCAAUGUUUUUUUAAGCAGGGUGUACCCCAGAAAUUAGGUAUUUUAAGCCAAGACAUUAUCUUUGUCUCGCCAUAACCAAGUGUUGUCUGUACCUAAACCUAACCAUACACUGAACAUAGCAUUAUUGCUAAUGUCAGCAUAAAUGCUACUCAAUAACAUGAAAAUGUAACAUAUAUGUGGUUUGCAGAAACAUAAAAUAUUGACAUUUUUUGGGUGACUGAGUUGUUUUUUUUGAGAAGGCUCAAGUGUUCUUAACAGGGAAGUAGAAGGAAAGCAUGUCUCUAUAUAAAACUGAUUAUGGAGGAUCUGAUAUUGUAGCUUAGCAAACAAAAAAAGAAAGAUGAACAUAUUGUGUUUUUUAACAAAGCAGAAGAUUUAAGUGAAGUAACUCAAAUACAAAGCUGUGAAGCAUACUGCAUGUACAGAACAUAUCAUACACUGAUUUAAAAGUCACUGAGAGAGAGUUAAUGUGCAUUUAUGAGUGGAAGAAUAUGAUGUGGGAGUAGCUUUUUGUGAAUAAACGCAAAAAUAGUUUGUUUUUUAAUAAUUUGCAGUAUUGACUAAAAUAUGCAAUUUGCAUCAACUUUGACUCUUUUAAAUGUGUAAAUAUGUGAUUAAAAUAAAAAAAUAUAAAAAAAAACCCACUGUUAUUUCUAAAACCAUUGCGCAUGUUUCGGGGUUAUUUUUGGUAUUUUAAUUGUUUUGUGGGACAUUGUGUUUUUGACAAAUACAGAUGUGACAAUGGUUGGCUUUUCUUCUUCAGGCGUCUUUAUUUCUAAUGUCUAAUGUUUGGGGUUUUUUUGAUUUUGUUAGUUCUUUUUUUUUGCAGUGGUUGUGUUUUUAUUGUAUGGCAAUAUAAUGAAUGCGAUUCUGAUAAAUAAAUAAAAAAUAAAAGCUUGAACGCA